AUGGCCGAACUCAUGGCCGGCUGGUCCAACACCCCCAACCCAACCUUUGUCGACCUGUACGACAAAUGGGGCCAAGGCGCCUGGGGCGCCGUCCUAACCGGUACCCUCCAUCCCCAUCCCAUCCCAUUCUCCCACCUAUCUGACAACAGAAAAGGCAACGUCCAAGUCGACAUCGACCACCUUGGCACCCCCUUCGACCCGGCCCUACCAGGCCCCUACACCGACAAAGAAUCCAACCCGGACCUCGUGUCCCUCUGGGCGCAAUACGCCGCCGCAACCCAGCAACACGGCCCCCCGGCCAUCGUGCAGAUCUGCCAUCCGGGCCGCCAAUCCGUCCGCGUCGCCGGCAGACGCGGCCUGUUCGCGCCCACCAUCGCGCCCAGCGCCAUCCCGCUGACCAUGGGCGAUGGCUGGCUCGGCCACGUCCUCGGCGGGAUUGUCUUCCCCGCGCCGCGCGAGAUGACCCAGGCGGAUAUCGACGCCGUCACGGCACGGUUUGUCGAUGCCGCGCGCUUGAUGGCUGAUGCGGGCUUCUCCGGGGUGCAGUUGCACGGCGCGCAUGGGUAUCUUAUUGAUCAGUUCCUCAACCCGAAGACGAACAAACGCACCGACGCAUACGGUGGCUCCCCCGCCCACCGCGCCAAAUUCGUCCUCGACAUCCUGGCCGCCAUCCGCGCCGUCGUGCCGGCCCGCUUCGCCGUCGGCAUCAAGCUCAACUCGGCCGACCACAGCGCCGCCAGCUUCGAGGACACUAUGACGCAGAUCGGGCUGCUGGUCGAGGCCGGGAUCGACUUUCUCGAGGUCAGCGGGGGGUCCUACGAAGAUCCGAAGGUAGUACCUUUUCCUCGUUUCACUCAUCCAUUCAGUCAGUGCUAA